CAAAAUGGGAAAUAUUCUACUUUGAAUCAAUCCAAUACUCAACACAGCCACACCGAAUAAUGGCACAUGACUUGCGUUUUAAGAUUUUGAAGCUUUAUGUAUGGUUUAAACUUUAAAACUUACUGACCGACUCCUAUUCAAUUCCUGGUGGUUAUCAACGUCUUGUCAAUCCCCGCUGCGUACUGACGAUAUAUACUAACUCUGGAUCAAUGGAGACCAAAAAGUAGCGCUGCACAUGACAUAAUGGCAUCCAUGGUCGAGUCAGAAAGAGAAAGUAUUGAAGUAGAAUCAGGGGAUGAAGCAAAACGGGUCGCAAGGGAUCCUACCAGGCUUCGACCUCAUGUCUUCAUAGACAAGCUCAUCAGAAACAUUCAAACUGAUAACCUUCAGUUGUUGCACAACAUCAGAACAAGACUAGACAGAGUUGGUGUCAAGCUGCCUAGAGUGGAAGUGAGAUAUAAAAACCUCCGUGUGGAAGCAGAAUGUGAUGUAGUUCAUGGGACGCCGCUACCCACACUCUGGAAUUCCCUAAAAAGCCUGGUUUCAUACCCUGCAGCAAGACUGAUGGGUUCAAAGUCACACCAGGCAAAGCUAUGCCUUCUCACUGAUGUCAGUGGCGUCAUAAAGCCUGGAAGGAUGACUCUACUCCUUGGUCCUCCAGGGUGUGGGAAGACCUCCCUGUUAAAGGCGCUCUCCGGAAAUCUAAACCAAUCGCUUAAGGUCACCGGGGAAGUUUCUUAUAAUGGAUACAAACUAGAAGAGUUUGUCCCCCAGAAAACUUCUGCAUACAUAAGCCAAAAUGACCUGCACAUUUCUGAGAUGACAGUGAGGGAAACACUUGAUUUCUCAGCCCAUUGUCAGGGUGUAGGAAGCCGAGCAGACAUCACGAUGGAGGUCAGUAGAAGGGAGUUGGAAGCAGGAAUUGCUCCUGAUCCAGAUGUUGAUACUUACAUGAAGGAAACAUCUGUCAAAGGACGAAAAGGAAAACUUCAAACUGACUACGUACUAAAAAUCCUUGGACUUGACAGUUGCGCUGAAACAUUUGUCGGUGACGCCCUAAGAAGAGGUAUAUCUGGCGGUCAGAAGAAGAGAUUGACUACAGGAGAGAUCGUUGUGGGUCCCAUAAAAACUUUGUUUAUGGAUGAAAUAACCAAUGGCCUUGACAGUUCCACUGCAUUUCAGAUUGUUACUUGUCUUCAGCAGCUUGUGCAUAUGACAGAUGCUACUUUGUUGGUUUCACUGCUUCAGCCUGCACCGGAAACUUUUGAUCUCUUUGAUGAUAUUAUCUUAAUGGCAGAAGGGAAAAUUUUGUACCAUGGACCGCGCGAUCACAUUCUUGAGUUCUUUGAAAACUGUGGGUUUAGGUGUCCUCAGAGGAAAGCGGUCGUAGACUUCCUUCAGGAGGUUUUAUCAAAGAAAGAUCAAGCACAAUACUGGUACAGCACUGAGCUACCCUACUCUUAUUUUCCCGUCGAUAUGUUCGUCGGGAAAUUUAAGGCAUCCCCCUUGGGGAAGAAGAUAGAUGAGGACCUCUUAAACCCAUACGAUAUGUCCCAAGGCCAUAAGGAUGCUCUUUCCUUUAGUGAGUAUUCCGCUUCUAAAUGGGAAAUCUUCAAAGCUUGCAUGUCAAGGGAGCUUCUUCUUUUGAGAAGGAACUCAAUUUUCUACGUGUUCAAAAUAACUCAGCUUGUGAUCAUAGCAUGCAUCACAAUGACUGUAUUUUAUAAGUCACGGAUGGAUAUUGACAUUCUUCAUGCAAAUUACUACCUGGCGGCGCUGUUUUUCACUCUUAUGAUACUUGUGGUGGAUGAGGUUCCUGAGGUGUUCAUGACGAUUUCGAGACUCCCUGUGUUUUACAAGCAGAAAAUGUUAUGCUUUUACCCAGCGUGGGCUUAUUCAAUUCCAGCCGCUAUUUUGAAGCUUCCCAUGUCAUUUCUGCAAUCCCUGAUUUGGACAUCUAUCACUUAUUAUGUAACAGGAUACGCUCCUGAGGUUUCAAGGUUCUUCCGCCAGUUUAUCAUGUUUUUUGCUGUGCAGUUAUCAGGAAUAUCUUUGUUCCGUUUCGUGGCCUCCGUCUUCCAGACUUUUGACUCUUCUGUGGCAGCUUCUAGCCUAAUAAUUUUUCUACACUGGUUAUUCUGUGGCUUCAUCAUUCCGCGGCCAUCCUGGCCAGGUUGGAUGAAGUGGCUUUUCUGGGUUUCUCCUAUGUCAUAUGCAGAAAUAGGGCUUUCUGGAAACGAAUUUCUUGCCCCAAGAUGGCAACAGAUGUUAACCAUGAGCACUACAACAGGGCAAGCAACACUAGAGAGCCGUGGAUUAUACUUUGAUGAAUAUUUUUUCUGGAUAUCAAUCGCCGCAUUGUUUGGCUUUGCUAUAGUUUACAACAUCGGAUUCACCUUGGCCUUAAGUUUCUUGAAGCCUCCUGGAUCGUCUCGCAUUAUUAUUUCCCGUGACAAGCUUUCCAAGAUGCAGAAUGGAAAUUUUAAUGGGGUUGCAAGUGUGGCGAAGGGAGUAAGCCAUUCGGAUUCCAGUGAUAGGGAACCAGCUAGUAAAGGCAGGAUGGUAUUACCUUUUGAACCUUUGACAUUAACAUUUCAGUAUGUGCAAUACUAUGUGGACACCCCUCUGGAAAUGAGAAAAAAGGGCCAUGCUCAGAAAAAGCUGCAACUCCUUUCAAAUGUUACUGGAGCAUUAAGGCCCGGUGUCCUAACAGCACUGAUGGGUGCCAGUGGAGCAGGAAAAACUACCCUUCUGGAUGUUCUUGCAGGGAGAAAAACUAUAGGUUGCAUAGAAGGAGAAAUUAAGGUUGGUGGGUAUCCUAAAGUUCAAGAAACAUUUGCAAGGAUAUCUGGUUAUUGUGAACAAAAUGACAUACAUUCUCCACAAAUCACUGUACAAGAAUCUUUAAUUUUUUCGGCUUGGUUGCGUCUGGCUCCUCGUAUUGACUCAAAAACUAAAGCUGAAUUUGUUAAAGAAGUCCUUGAGACUAUUGAACUGGACGAUGUCAAGGAUGCCUUGGUUGGCAUACCUGAUCUUUCAGGUUUAUCGACUGAGCAGCGCAAGCGACUUACAAUAGCGGUGGAGCUCGUUGCCAAUCCUUCCAUAAUUUUCAUGGACGAACCUACAUCUAGCUUGGAUGCACGAGCAGCAGCCAUUGUCAUGCGUGCAGUGAAGAAUGUAGCUGAUACAGGUCGAACAAUUAUUUGCACAAUCCACCAACCAAGCAUUGAUAUAUUUGAAGCAUUUGAUGAGUUGAUUCUUCUGAAAAAUAGAGGGAGUUUGAUCUACUUUGGUCCAUUAGGACAACAUUCUUGUAGAGUUAUCAAGUAUUUUGAGAGUAUUCCCGGGAUGCCCAAGAUCAAAGACAAUUGUAAUCCAGCAACAUGGAUGCUAGAGGUUACCUCCCCACCAGUGGAGGCUGAACUGGGAGUAGAUUUUGCACAAAUUUACAAGAAUUCUACUUUGUAUGAGAACAAUGAAGACCUUGUAAGGCAGUUGAGCAAUCCACCUCCUGGUUCAAGAGAUCUUCAUUUUCGAACCCAAUUUUCACAAAGUUGCUGGGGCCAGUUUACAUCUUGCCUAUGGAAACUAAACUUGUCCUAUUGGAGAAGCCCCGCAUAUAACUUGACACGUUUCCUGCAGACUGUUAUAAUAUCUCUGGCUUUGGGAUUAAUAUUUUGGAACCAAGGAAAGAAAAUAAAAAACCAGCAGAAUUUGUUCAAUAUUUUUGGUUCAAUGUAUUCUGCUGUGGUCUUUCUGGGGAUGAAUAGCAGCUCAUCUGUCCAACCGUUUGUUGCCACAGAGAGAGUUGUUAUGUAUAGAGAAAGAUUUGCAGGGAUGUACUCUUCCUGGGCUUAUGCACUUGCACAGGUGACAAUUGAGGUACCCUAUCUAUUCAUCCAAGCUCUUGUGUUUGAGAUGAUCACAUACUCCAUGAUUGGCUACUAUGGAUCAGCAUACAAGGUUUUGUGGUACUUCUAUGCCAUGUUCUGCACACAGCUCUACUUCAACUUUUUUGGAAUGUUGUUUGUCUCAUUGACACCAGAUGUCACAAUUGCUGGAGCUUUAUCCUCUGUCUUCUACCCGAUGCUCAAUCUUUUCUCUGGCUUUCUGAUUCCUCCUCUGAAAAUCCCGAAGUGGUGGAUCUGGUUGUAUUACCUAAUGCCUACAUCUUGGACAUUGAAUUGUUUGCUCACUUCACAAUAUGGAGAUGUGAAUGAUGAAAUCAUGGUAUUUGGUGAAGCCAAGACAGUUGCUUCCUUGCUAGAAGAUUAUUUUGGGUUUCACCAUGACCGCCUAGCAAUUACAGCAAUAUUUCUGAUCCUUUUUCCCCUUAUUUUUGCAUUUCUUUUUGCAUUCUUCAUUACACGUUUAAAUUUUGAGCGAAGGUGAAUUUCUCCUUCUAGCUCAGUGACAAACUUUCCUUGCUUCUGUUUC